CACACCAAAUUAUACCUUUCGAAUUGAUAUCCUUCGCUUUCGAAUCCUUACUUCGUCGUCUUGCUUCGCCCUAAGUCCCAGUCCCAGUUCCAGUUCCAGAGAGUAAGCUCCACUCCUUCCAUGGCCGCCAUUGCUGGAGCUCCUUCCGCUACAUCCAAGCUCGUCUUCGUAUCACCACCUUCGCCGUCUCCUCAUUCUCCCACAACCUGCAUUUCUGUAUCCAACUCCAUUUUCUGCAGUGCCAGGAACCAAACCCUAAAAAUCCACAAUGCGUCGGCGAUUUUCGGGAACCCUGUCUCAUUUUUGACUCAAGAAGGGGAGUUCGGGCGUCGCCGGAGGUUGUUCACGGUGCGCGCCGCGCGGGGUAAGUUCGAGCGGAAGAAGCCGCACGUGAACAUAGGCACGAUUGGGCACGUCGACCACGGGAAGACCACUCUCACGGCGGCGCUCACCAUGGCACUGGCGGCGAUGGGGAACGGCACGCCGAAGAAGUAUGACGAGAUCGACGCGGCGCCGGAGGAGCGGGCGCGGGGAAUCACCAUCAACACUGCCACGGUCGAGUACGAGACGGAGAGCCGGCAUUAUGCUCACGUGGACUGUCCCGGCCACGCUGACUACGUCAAGAAUAUGAUCACCGGUGCGGCGCAGAUGGACGGUGCAAUACUCGUGGUCUCCGGCGCCGACGGUCCUAUGCCGCAGACUAAAGAACACAUUUUGCUCGCUAAGCAAGUCGGAGUGCCUAACAUGGUUGUUUUUAUGAAUAAGCAAGACCAGGUGGAUGAUGAGGAGCUUCUUCAGCUCGUUGAAUUGGAGGUUCGUGAGCUUUUAUCUUCGUAUGAAUUUCCCGGUGAUGACGUUCCCAUAGUUUGUGGUUCAGCUUUGUUAGCUUUAGAGGCACUAAUGGCAAACCCUAGCAUUAAGAGAGGAGAGAAUGAGUGGGUGGAUAAGAUUUAUGAGCUUAUGGAUUGUGUUGAUAGAUAUAUUCCAAUUCCUAAGCGUCAAACUGAUAUGCCAUUCCUUCUUGCUAUUGAAGAUGUGUUUUCGAUCACGGGUCGCGGUACGGUGGCCACAGGGCGUGUUGAAAGGGGUAGUAUUAAGGUUGGGGAUACUGUUGAUAUUGUAGGAUUGAGAGAAACCCGAAACACAACUGUAACUGGGGUUGAGAUGUUUCAGAAAACUCUUGAUGUGGCACUUGCUGGUGACAAUGUGGGGCUUUUGCUCAGGGGUAUUCAGAAGAUUGAUAUUCAGAGGGGGAUGGUUAUUGCCAAGCCAGGAACAAUUACUCCACAUACUAAGUUCGUUGCAGUUGUGUAUGUGCUGAAGAAAGAGGAGGGGGGUAGGCAUUCCCCUUUCUUUGCAGGAUACAGGCCCCAAUUCUAUAUGAGGACUACUGAUGUUACGGGGAAAGUGAUAUCAGUUUUGAAUGAUAAAGAUGAAGAGUCUAAGAUGGUUAUGCCUGGGGACCGUGUCAAGAUGGUUGUUGAACUCAUUAUGCCGGUGGCCUGUGAGCAAGGAAUGAGGUUUGCCAUAAGGGAAGGGGGGAAGACUGUGGGUGCGGGUGUCAUCCAGUCAUUUAUUGAGUAAUUUUUUUACUGUAAAUUUGAUGUCUCAUAAUCGGUGCCUGGCGAGUGAGUCUGACUCCAUGUUCGUUACCUUAAAAUUAGGUAUUUUGAAAAUUCACAAGAUGUUCAUGUGUCUUCUCAUUUUCUUUGGCUUUCUUGUGAUUGCCUUCAAUCAUGGUUUACAUGGAUUGAGCCUGUUUUGCUUUUAUAUCCCUUGGAAUAGUGUGAAGAUUUUCCCCAUUGUUUUGUCCUCUUUAAUCAUUACCUAUUUCUGUAGUAGUUCCGUUUUAUGAAUAUGAACAAUUUUGACAAUUCUGAAUCAA